CAUUCAAUCUAAAUUCAUCUAUUGAAACAACAACAGUUACAAUUAAAUCAUAGAAUCACAAUUAAUCAAUUCAACAAUUUUGUUAACAGUAAAGUUUUUUUUUCCGUUUGUGACAAAUCAAAAAUCGAGAAUCGAUCAACAAUUUUGAUUAUUUUUUCUUUAAUUUCUAUUCCUACAUCGAUAAUAGUUUUCACUCUUGUUGAGGAUUUAAUUGUUAUUCAAUCCAAUUGAAUAAAAACAAAAACUCUUGGUGUUGUUAUCCGAUAAUCUGAACUGAACAAUCGUAAUUUAUAAUCAAGAUAUGGAACUAAAUUUAAAGUUUUACUCAUUGUGCUCUAUUCUCUGUGUUAUCCUAAUCAUUUCAUCAUCUUCAUCACAAUUAAUUGAAUCAACUACAUCGGCCUCAAGUGAAGUAACUAUUUGUACCUAUUCACAAGCCUGUGGUUGGAUCGUUUAUGAACAAGAUAAACCCAAAAUGAUGCUCAAAAACUUUUGUACAUGUAGAAAUGGUGACCAUUGUGUAAAGACUUACCAUGAGUCCAGUAAUCGAGCCGAUGUCUACAAUUGCCGUUCAUCGGAAGAAAGUACGGGAAAAGAACGCUGGCCAACAUCGAAAUUCCCGUCGACAAGUCCGGGAAGUCUUAAAUUCAGAGAUGCAGGUCGAUUACCGAUUCGAUAAAAAUAUCAACCUGACCAUAAAUAAUCACCAUUCAUUGAUCAUCAAUCUCUCAAUUAAUCCUAAUACCGAUCAUCAUUUUAUUAUAAAUACAUUAUAAUAUAUAUAUACUAUUAAUAUUAUUCUGGUCAAUUGAUUUAAUCGAUUGACAAUUAACUUAAUCCUUAAUUAUUCCAAACGUAAAUACCAAAAAAAAACAA